GUGUGUGUGUGUGUUUAUGGAUGUCGUUGGUGUGUGUGUGUUUGCACACUAAGGUGUACUGUAUUGUAUCUUAACAGAUCCAUAGAUAGUGUGGUUGGGGAUGAGAAGUUGCUGGAGAAAAUAUCCCUCAUUAAUCAUUAUUCUGUUCACAGGGUUCUACACACAUUCCUCAUGUCUUCAUCAGUAUCACCUCAUUACCAACCUUAUGACCUGGACCAAUGCCCAGAGAUACUGCAGAGAGAAUUACACUGAUCUGGCUACUGUAGAUGACAUGGAGGACCUGAACAGGCUGAUUACCAGUGUCAGUGACCAUAACUUAUGGUACCGGAUUGGACUGAAGAAGGGAGACUCCAUGAAGUGGCACUGGUCUCUGGCAGACAGACGUUUCUACAGAGAGGGGGAGACUGGGUUCAGAAACUGGGACACUGGGACACCCCAAAAUGGUAACUGUGUUUUAAUGAGUACAGCUGGUCUGUGGCACAACACCUCCUGUGAUGACCAGCAUCACUUCAUCUGUUAUGAUGGAAAACAAGACACCAACCUAACAUACGUCUUAAUUCAGGAGAACAAGACCUGGAUAGAWGCUCAGAGUUACUGCAGACAGCAUCACACAGACCUGGUCAGUGUGAGGAACCAGACUGAGAACACAGAGAUAGAGAAGAAGAUAUCACUGAGGGGACUUCCUGUGUGGAUCGGUCUGUUUCAAGACUCCUGGAUAUGGUCAGACCAGAGUGACUGCUCAUUCAGAAACUGGUGGCCAGGAUGGCCUUCAACAGAUCAGAGAUACAACUGCCCAGCUGUGGAGACCCCUGAGAAACCCCAACUGAAGAGACAGGUGGUGAGAAUGAAAGUGACCCCAAAGGAUCAAAAUCUGAACUUCAGUGAUCCUGCUGUUCAGGACUCCAUCUUACAAGAGGUGAGUUUCACCCUGAUCAUGAAGAACCAACUCAGCAAUGAUACCAACUGUACAGACCUCUUCUCUGAGUACACGCCUAGCCAGGGGAAAGGACGCCGCGGACUCACAAAGGAGAACCUUUUGAAGGCCCCCUCCAGGGGAAGCGCCCCAGGCUCCCACUAG